AUGGCAGCUCAGCAGAAGCCGUCCUCUAGAUGGGCGUUCUUAUCCAACGCCGUAGCAUCUGUAGAGUCGGGUCUGGACAAGAUACUUGCAGAGGAGGACGAGUCAACAACAAAGUCGCAACCCAAACCUGCGAAACCACAGGCGAACGGAUCGAACCCACGACCAUCAACCGACGUGAAGCGUAGUGAUAGCUCUGGCCUGCAAAAUGACAGACUACAAGCCCGUCUUGCUCAGGCUAUGGCAAGGAAGAAUGCCAGCAGAGCGACAGCUCCUGCACCCGAUGUUGAUUCUUCACGACCAGGCACACCUUCCGUAGGUCAGGUGCAUUCCUCUCAGCCAGCCCCGGAUGAGGCAGAGGAUGUUGUAUCAGAAGAGGAUGGUCGAGAGGUAGCGAAGGAAACACAAAGCAUAUCAGAAGCUAUAAGCAUACCUACCGUGGAUGUAGUACCUGCAUCGCAAGGUGAGGAAACUGGUCGACCUUCUACGACUACUUCGCGAGACAGUACGGAGGGAGACAGGCGAUCUGCCACAAUAUCGCUGGAGCCACCAAGGCCAUCUGGUGUCUCUUCAAGAGCAAGCGAUGAACAACCAUCCAGAACAUCGGUCCCUAAUACGGACUCCGUCUUACUAAACGUACAAAUCGAGCACGAGAAGAGCAUCGACAGCCUACAAGAAGAGAUAAACGCUUAUCUCGAACGCAUAGACGCCCUACAACGCAAUAUGCAAAUCCUAGCAAAGGAGACGAUUGCUAAUGCGAAAAUGGUCAAAUCCGACGUCCAGUCAUCCUCUAUCGAGAAGCAACUGGCAGACAAGGACGAAAGAAUCGCCUUGCUGAUGGAAGAGGGCACAAAAUUGACUAAGAGCGAACUACAAUACCGAAAGACGAUCAAAGCUCUUCGAACCCAGGCCAUCACGUUGAACAAGGAUCAGGAUGCAGCCAGAGGAAGAGCGGAAAAGGCUGAGAGGUCACUUUCUGCGCUUGAAACCAGAGCUUCAGAAGCUGAAGCCAGGGCGAGACAGAAAAGUGAGGAGCUUGCCACUGUGUCGAGAUCUGCGACAGAUCUGGCCGCUGUCACCAAAGAACGGAACGCUCUCCAAUCGACCUUAGCAGAAGUGAGGAGCCAAUUGGGCAAAGCUAAUAAACGAGCUGAACAAGCCGAGGUGAAUGCUCAGUCUGAUAAGCUCGAGACGGAACGGAAAAGGACUGCCGAGCUACAGGACGAUCUCACCAGCUCAAAGGUUGAGCACGAGCUUGCUACAGACAAGUCUAAGCGCGAGAUCGAGGAGUUAAAGCGGAGUUUGCAGGCUGAGAGAGCGCAAGCUCGGCAGAUGGAGAACGAUAUGCUAGCUGAACAAGCAGCCCUAGAAAGCAAACUCGAGGGCUUUCGUCUUCGUGCUGAGGAAGCCACAUCAGGAAAUCAGGGCGAUACCCAGGCUAAGCUGUUGAGGCAGAUAGAGACUCUACAGAACCAGUACUCUACCGCAAGUCAGAAUUGGCGAGGAAUUGAGAGUACUCUCUUGGCACGAAUAACAGCCCUUGAGAAGGACAAAGAUGAGGUUACUGGACGCGAGGCCGACCUAAAGAGGAAGCUUCGUGACGCAACAAGCAAGGCAAGGGCUGUAGCCAAAGAAUUGGAAGAUGUCCAGCUGUCAUUGAAUUCUUUGCAAGAUCAGCAAACCGACCAGGAUGCAGAGAUUCAGCGAGCAAACAAGCAAGUUACACAACUUAAGGACGAAUUAUCACUGUUACGGAAGGAACACGAAGAGCAAAAGCAACGUGUAGAGAGAGAAAUUGUCCGUCGGUUGGAAGAUGAGAAAGCCAGAUGGGUCAACCCAAUGCAACGCAUCGAUUCACCAAUUGUUCCCAUUCGCAAAGGGCCAAUAGGUUCUUUCGUAGAUGGUCUCAUGAGUCCAGGGGAAAGACCUUCGAGUCGCCGAUCAUCCACACAGCCUUUUCACGACCAUAACUUCGCCAGUCCACGUGUCAACUCAGCAGUUUCUAUCAAGACGAACGGUGCAAUGCCAGAGACACCCUCUAUCGCAUUGCACGAGGAUCAGGACGACUUCUUUGCUAGCAUCCCUCCGACACCCGCUCGAACUCACGCCGAGUCGCCUUCACGUACUCUCAAUGAUCUGAUGUCGGCGUCGGUCGCGGGUGCUGGUCCUUCAGUCCAGCUUGUAGAACGGUUGUCGACCAAUGUGCGCAGACUUGAAUCCGAGAAGGCCGCUUCCAAGGACGAAGUUGCUCGUCUAAGCUCACAGCGUGACGAAGCACGACAAGAAGUUGUUAAUUUGAUGCGCGAGGUCGAGCAAACGCAUAGUGUUAGUCAGCAGUUAGUGAAGGUUGAGAAAGAACACAAUGAGCUGCAGCAAAAAUAUCAGGCCAUGCUAGAAUUAUUGGGCGAGAAGACCGAACAGGUUGAAGAGCUGAAGGCUGAUAUUGCUGAUGUCAAGCAGAUGUAUAGGCAACUAGCGGAUACCAUGGGAAGGUAG